CCGCCCCGCCGGCGCGGCGAAGGUUCCGGAGCCCGCGCGCGCCCCCGCCCCGCCCGCGCCGCCGCCACCGCCGCUGUCACCGUCACCGCCACCGCCGCCAGCAGCCGGCUCCGGCGCGGACACCCCCGCAGCGGCAGGUACCUUUGCUGAGAGGUGGCAGAGCAGCCUCAGGACACCACCAUGAUGGAGGAUCACGCACCUGGCCAGGAAAAACACUUCUCAUCAGGCUAUCCCCUUCAGAUACCAGUCGAUGAUGGAUCGGAUGAGCCUGUUUCUGAAACAUCUGACGCUAAGAGCACCCCAACUACGGAAGAUGCCACAGCACCUUUAGUGGAGGAAGGAGACCACGAGGAUCAGGGUGGUGUGGAACAGCACGGGGAGAUCCCAGAAGGAACCACAGCUGAAGAGGCGGGCGUAGGAGCCACUCCCAACCUGGAGGACCACGCCGCAGGAGAUGCCACUCAAGGCGAGCUGAGCUCUGCAAAGCUCCAGCCUGGCCCUCAGGAGCAGGUGGGAGAGGCAGGAGAAGGUUCCAGGCAGCCCCCAGAGCAGGGACUGGGGCUUCAGCAGCCGCCUCUGCCCCAGGGAACGAAGGCUCCGGCAGCAGCUCCCACCAGAAUCGAGGUCACCAUCCCAAUCCCCCUGGACAUGUACCAAGGCUCCGGAGGGUCCGAAGGCAGCAGCGAGCUGUGGGAUGAGGGAGGCAGCGCUGUGGAGCCGCAGCUGGGCCCAGGUGUGCACAUGGAGGGUGUGGCAGCAGCAGGUGGCACAGGUGACCGUGAACAGGAACCCUCUCCUCCGUGUGCCACAGCCACGUUAAAGGAAGGUUCUGGUGGACAGGAGAGAGAUGAGGACCGGGAUAUUGAUGAAACUUCUGAGCAGGGUUUGCCUUCCCCUGCGGAUCAGCGUGUUUCCCUGGGACCUGAGAGGGGCUCGUGUCCAGCAGCUGCCAAGGAGACUCGUGAAGAAUGUGAUGGAGAAGACAAGUCCAAAGGUGUCCUCAGAGAUGUCCCAGGAGGGGCAGUUCUGGCUGAAGCUGGGUCACAUAAAGCAGGAGAGGACCAAGAGGAGAAGCCACAGCUGCUGGGGGGAGAAGGAGGCCCAGAUGUCACCCUGUCAGAGCCUUCUGAAAGUGUCUCCCAAAACCAGGCUGAGCCCAAGGAUGGAGAAGAUUCAGGGCCCGUGCUGGAAACAGCCAAAGUCCCAGCUGAGGCAGCAGAUGAUGUGAAGGACAAAGCAGCUCCUUUGGCAGAUGCAGGGGGCCGCAGGAUGCCCAGGAGGAAGCCCAGUGGCCUGGCUGCAGACAAGGGCAGCCGUGUCCCUCUGCUCAAAGGUCGUGUUGACAAGGAAGGGACCGAAGCUGAUGAAAAGAAACCCAAGACAUCCUCACCUUGCCCUGCCAAACCCCCUGGCUCCGUGCCCCCCCUCCGGCACGCAGCUCCCCGCAGCCCUGCCUCUGCCUGCAAACCUUCUGCCAGCUCAGGAGAGCAGGAGACAAAGGCCAAGGGCCCGGAGGCGAGGGGUGGCUCCAAGACGGGCUCGGCGCGCGCGGGGCAGGCGCAGAGGAACUCCACCAACGCCACCCGCAUCCCGGCCAAGACCCCCACGGCCCCCAAGACCCCUCCCAGCUCCGGCAGAAAGGAGCAGAAAAAACCACCUCCUGCAGCAGCAAAGACUGAGAAAGGUGAGCAGCCCAAGUCUGGAGACAGAAGCGGUUACAGCAGUCCCGGCUCCCCCGGGACUCCAGGCAGCCGUUCCCGCACCCCCUCUCUGCCCACCCCACCAGCCAGGGAGCCCAAGAAGGUGGCAGUGGUUCGCACCCCUCCGAAAUCUCCCGCCUCUGCCAAGACCCGCGUGCAGCCGUCGGCCGCGCCCAUGCCCGACCUGAAAAACGUCAAGUCCAAAAUCGGCUCCACGGAUAACCUGAAGCACCAGCCCGGAGGUGGCAAGGUGCAGAUAAUUAAUAAGAAGCUGGACUUUAGCAGCGUUCAAUCCAAGUGUGGCUCAAAGGAUAAUAUCAAACACAUCCCGGGCGGAGGCAGUGUGCAGAUAAUUAAUAAGAAGCUGGACUUUAGCAGCGUUCAAUCCAGGUGUGGCUCAAAGGAUAAUAUCAAACACAUCCCGGGCGGAGGCAGUGUGCAAAUCGUUUACAAACCGGUGGACCUGAGCCAUGUGACAUCCAAAUGUGGUUCCCUGGGCAACAUCCACCACAAACCAGGUGGUGGCCAGGUGGAGGUGAAAUCUGAGAAACUGGACUUCAAAGAUAAGGUGCAGUCGAAAAUCGGGUCCCUAGACAACAUCAGCCACGUCCCUGGAGGAGGCAAUAAAAAGAUUGAGACUCACAAGCUGACCUUCCGCGAGAACGCCAAAGCCAAGACCGACCACGGCGCCGAAAUCGUCUACAAGUCCCCGACCAUCUCCGGAGAUGCCUCCCCGCGCCGCCUUAGCAACGUCUCCUCCACCGGCAGCAUCAACCUGGUGGACUCCCCCCAGCUGGCCACGCUAGCCGACGAGGUGUCCGCCUCGCUGGCCAAGCAGGGCUUGUGAUCACGGCACGGCGGCCACCAGGAGAGAAGACAAGGAAAGGAAACAAAAAAGAAAAGAAACAAAAAUAAUAAUCUGGCCUUCUUCCUCUGUUCCUUUUACAGCUGCUUCCCCGUCCCUAACUGGUUAAUGAUUUAACCUGCUUUUACUGUUCAUUCAGCUCUAGCUCCAGGACUUCAAAAUCAGUGACACUAUGAGGUACAAAACCUCCUCUCCCCCUGCUCCUCGGAGCGCACAGCCCGUCCCCGUCCCCUGCUCCCCCUGCGUCCCUCGCUGUCCCCGCCCGGGAGGGCAGGGAGGGGGCCCGAGGGGCGGCCACAGCACGACGCUGACCCGAGCACCCCACACCAGCACAGGGCAGCGGGUGGCCCUCCCGGGCAGGGGCUGUGACCGUGCCCAGCCCGUGCCCUGCCCUGCCCUGACGCGUCCCGGGUACGCAGCCAGGGCUGCGGGGGGGUGCCCUCCCUCCCCGCCUCAAAUUUGCCUGCUGAUUUGGAAGAAACCUUUUGUUUUUAUUUCCGAAAGCCGAGAUGUGUAUGAAGAUAACGGCCAGGUACCCCCUAACCCGCUCUCAGCUCCGGCAGCUGGAGUUCAGGCGACGCCGGGUGCCCGCUCCGAGGGUCCCGGGGGGCCGUUCCCCUCUCCGUGGCUGUGCUGGAACCGCUGAGUGGAUGAGUAGAGGCUUUUCCCCAUUCCUUUGGCAGCCCCUCGUGUCGUAGAGUAGAUUUGUCUGUAUAUGCUUGGACCGUGCCAGGGUGAUUGUUUUCAUAAAUGAGCAUGUGUUAUAAAAUAAAUGCUGUAAGUAGUUUUGAGCUGCCCCGCGCCGGCUCUGCCGCAGCCCAGCCGGGCCCGGGGAGCUCGGCCGGCCCCGGGAGCCGCAGGAGGAGCCCGGCACCGCAUGUCUGCCGGGGGGGCUGCCGGGGAGCUUGGAUGAGGGGCACUCACAGCUCCAGGGCUGGGAUGGCUCCUGGAUUUGGGUGCAGCUUGUGACAUUUUUGGGUUGUUCUUUUUCUUUCCCUGCAAGGUCAGCUCAGCGAUGGCGGAGGUGGCAGCUCCAUGGCUCUGCUGUGCCGGUGGCAGCGGUGAGACCCCGGCAGGACGCGGGGGAGGCGGCAGCAGCUCCCCCAGCCCGGGGCCAGCGGCUGCUCCCCGGCACUGAACCCCCUUUCCGGGCGCUCCCGGGUGUGAGCUGGCAGCGUCUCACCCCUCACACAGCCCCGAGCACCCCAGCAGCGCUCGGGGACAGGAGCCAGUCGAGUUCAUUCCUUGGCUGCUUUUGUUCCCCUGUGGCUCUCUGGGGAGCACCAGGGGGUCCUGGGCCAUCCCCGCCUGCCCCUUCCCUCUACAACCAAAGAGGCCGAGGUGCCGCCGGUGCAGCUCCGUGUGUCCCGUGGGCACAGCUGGGGCUGCACCCCGGGCUGUGCUGCAGGGAAAGCCGUGCUUUCCCAAGGGCUGCAAUCCUGCUCUGACAGGGCUGGCGGGGGGUCAGGGCCCCUGGGUGUCCUUGGGGUGGUGGCUGGGUGCCACCAGGGCCGUGAGAGCAGCAGUUCCUCCAGGACAGGACGCGCUCCCAUCCUGCGGGAGCUGUGAACCCUCUGCGGGGCUGGGCAGCUGCAGGCCUGGCCGUGGAUGGGGAUGGUUUGGGGGGGCCCAACCCUUCUCUCUGCAGCCCAGGAGCUGCUUUAUGGCUGGGGAGAGGCUGGUCCAGCAGCAGCACCAUGUCCAGCUUGUCACUCGCUCCGUUCACUUGACUCCAUGAUUGUAAGACUCUGUGCUCCGUCCCUGACUCUGUAGCGCUGUAGGAGCCGCCGCGGUUUUUGUCCUUUGUAGAACGAGCAAGUUGGGAGAGCCCUCAAAGCAUCACCUCCUCACCCCUGUGGGCUGCAGGACGGGGUAGCUGAGCUCGCCUGUCCUGUGCCACCCCUGUCCCCUCCGUGCAGCCCCCGAGGGACAGCAGCACCCCGGGCUGGGAUGUCCUUUGUGCGCACCGAGCUCCAGUGAGCGACCCCUUCCUACUCUGAGUGUCCCCAGCCCCGGCUGUCGUCCCUCCCGGGGCUGUGGGGUGCCAGGGCAGCCCUUUCCAUCCACAGUGUCACCCGCUGUCCCCUCCAGCAGCCCGAGCCACGUCCCCUGCCCCAACCCUGCCUUCAAACCCAGGCCUGAGGGUCCCUGUGAGCAGCCGGACAACCUGACCCCGGCUUUUCCUUUACUCCACACACAUCCUGGGUCUGAAAAGGGUUAAAACUGGCACUGAUUUGAAGAAAAAAAAUAAAUAAAAAAUGGUAUUUCUGCACUCCAAAACAAUUCUGCCUGUUAGCAAAGGUCGGUGCCAGCCCGUGUGGUGUCGGCUGCGCCGGGGAGGGGAGGGAAGGUUUGAUCUCAGUGUAUCAUUCUAGCUUAGCUUCUGUCUGUGGGUGUCCAUAGUGUAUCGUGUGUUUAACAACUGGUUUACACUGUUGCCGUAAAAGUGAAUUUGGAAAUAAAGUCAUUACUACGAUAA